UCAGUGACCCCCUAAGUGGGGGUUCCCCCCCGCCAGGACCAUCCAGCCCGACUCCAGCCUCUGUUGAUGAUGAUGGAGGGAAUGAAGGGGGAAGGGGUGUAACAGCGAUGACCUUGACCCUGAACUCGACCUUGGCCCCCACCCCGCCGCUAUCCACCAUGCUGCAGCCCCUCACCCCACUUUUGGGGGACAGGCUUCUGCCGGCUCCCCCUCUCCGUUGCUACCGGGAGGAGUCGGACACCCGGUACCGGCGGGAUUGGCUGCGGUUCCGUGACGCGGAGGGGUGGAACCGCAUUACCACCGGGAUGAGCGCGGCCGAGGGCCGGCCCCGGUGCCGGUGGGGCGGCGGCGGCGAGGCGGUGCUCCGUGCCCGUGCUGAGGCCGCCGGUUACCGGAGGCUGCUGCGAGCCCGAGCCGCCGAGGUGGAGGCGUUGCGGGGGGCGGUGGGCGCGUUACACCGGCAGCUGGAGGGGCUGCGGGACCGGCGGAGCGGGGAGCUGGCCAAGUACCAGGAGCGGGUGGCGGAGCUGGAGCGGGAGAUCGGGGCGGCGGAGGCGGAGAUGGCCCGGUGCCUGCGGGAGUACCCGGCUCUGCUGCGGCUGCGGAUGGCGCUGGAGGCGGAGAUCGCCGCGUACCGGGAGAUGCUGGAGAGCGAGGAGCUGCGCCUGGGCGGCCUGGCCCCGCCGUGACCCGACCCCUGGAGUCCCGGUCCCAUCACUGGACCCCGGCCCUACCGUUACCACUGGACCCCCGGUCCCGGGACCGGAUCUCCAGCCCCACCACCGGACCCCGGUUCCUCCGCCGGACCCCAGACCCCCGACUCCUGCGCCCCGGGCCAUGGCUCCCUGGCACCCUCUGGACCUCUCUGGACUCACGGAACCCCGGUCCUUCUGUCCCCACGUUCCACGGGUCCCCCGGACUUCUGCGUGCCCGCCUGCCCCGGGACCCCCGGGAGGGCAGCGCCCGUGGGGACACACACUCACCAGCCUCUCCGGGGUGGGGGUCCCGGCCCAGACCCGUGCGGAAGCACCUCAAUAAAGCCCCGUGGCAUCA